AUGGAACAAGAGGUGAAAGAAGAGGAGGAAGCAGAGGACCCACACAGGCAAACAGACCGAGGAUGGGCAUGGAUGGUAUUGAUAGUGUCCUAUAUUACAAAGGUUUAUGGUGUAGGAUUUCUAUACGACAUGUUGGAAUAUUAUAUCGUAUAUAAGAUGUCGAUGAACACAACAGCCUCGGUUCUGUCAUUUGCCUUAUCGAUACAGACUCUGUCUUUCAGUUUGUUAUCCUUGGUGAUUCUGACUGUUUGUGAUAUCUUGGACGCUAACCGACAGUUUGUGAUGAUCGGCGGCGUACUGGCCUGUGCGAGCUAUUUCAUUAGCAGCUUUGUGGAAACAGCAGAAAUCCUCAUUCUGACCAUUGGUGUCGUAUUUGGAACCGCGGCAUCAUUUGCUCACGGACCGGCCACAGUGAUGUUAGGGAAGUACUUCGACAAAAGACGGGGAAUGGCUAACGCGGUUAUGAACUUCGGCGGAAGUUUCGGCGGCCUCGUCUUGCCUAACCUGUUUCGAUAUCUGUUAGAUGUGUAUGCAUUACAAGGAACUCUGUGGAUCGUAUCUGGCUUGCUGCUCCAUAUCAUGGUCACUGGGGCACUUUUGCGUCCGCUUAAACGUCCCCGAAAGAACAAUAAGUUACUUAAGUUAACCGAUAAGAACAGCGAUAUGACAAAGACGGAAUUCAAUGAGGUUAUCUAUAGACCAGCUCAAAAUAGCAUGGCCUCCAUUGGCCAUUCGUACGACAGAAUGGUCAUAAAACACUCAAAUGGACAGGUCCAGACAUGGAAUGCCCGGAAGAAUCAAAUAUUACAAACAGGGAGACGACGCACGGUAUCGGAUUCCGGAGUUAAUGGUAAUGAGCGCGAUCUCAAAUUCCAUUUCCACAAAAGCGCCGAGUUGGCACAGGGACUCGGAGAUGCUCUAGGCUCCCUCGGUAAUAUUCAUUUAUCUGUAUCAACAGAGGAGGAAGCUGACUUUGAAGACGAGGCGGAUUCCUGUGCUGCAAGAUGUCAUAAACUAACAUGCAAGAAUGUCAUUGGAAACAUUUUAGAUGUACAACUUUUAAAGAACAAACUGUUUUUGAUGAAUUUGAUGUCUUCGAUGUGUUCUGUAUUUGGACUUGCUUUGAUAGUGACAUAUUUACCCCACCACGCUCGCGACGUCGGUAUGAGUGACCAACAGAACACUAAUUUACUUACAAUUAUUGGCUGCACAGAUUUAUUAAACAAGUUUAUACUGGUCUUCAUUGCUGACAAUGAGAAGAUAAAACGUCAUUUCCUGGUGGCAGGCUCCUUAAUUAUAACGGCAGUUGCAACACUGUUGAUACCACAUUGCACGGAAUUCUGGUCUCUGGCUGUGUAUUCGGUGAUAUACGGAACAUUUCACGGGACAUUUUUCGCAAUGCUCGCAGUUUUAGUCGUAGACUUUGUAGGAAUAGAAAAUAUAUCGAAAGGGUUAGCAAUAACAAUGCUUUCUCAUGGAAUAUCAAUUUUUGUCUUCAAUCCUAUCACAGGGGCUAUAAGAGAUAACUUCCAUUCGUACACACCGGCGUUCUAUAUGAUGGGAGGCUUUAUGCUGUUGGGUGGAUGUCUGCUGUUCCUGGAGCCACAAAUACGACGCUAUGACAAAAGACAAAAGAAUGAUAUGCAGACGGCGUUAUAA